UAGCUUUAACGCAAAAAAAGAAGAAGCAAUUUUUAUUCCAUCGUUUAAUUUUCUUCUUCUUUGUUAAUUUAUGCAACUCAUCAAAUUCAUAAUUAACCCAGAAAAAUGCAAGUCUCUGUUUGCAACAAUUCUUGUUCAUUAAACCUUAAUAGCUACAAAGUCAUGAGUCGUCGAGAACUCUUGUCUACUUUCUGUUCCAAUGGUUCACAUAAACCCAUUUCAAUUUUGAGGAUGGUUAGUGAACGAAUGGCGAAUUUGGGUGAAGUAAUUAUAGGAAAAAGCAUACCCUUUGCGAGUAGGAGAGUACUGCUGGCGAGUCUUAUUGCCUAUGGGAGUUUACUUCCUUCAAAGUAUUUAUCAGCUCUAGCGUUGGGGGAUCCAUUGGUGACGGUUGAAGAUGUAACUCCCACGGUGUUCCCUUCUGGAGCUCUCUUCCCUUCCGAGGAACGAAUCGUCCGACUCUUUGAAAACAAUACCUACUCUGUUGUCAACAUAUUCGAUGUAACGUUGCGCCCUCAACUUAAUAUAACUGGUGCUGUUGAGAUUCCAGAAGGAAACGGUUCGGGGGUCGUCUGGGAUGAAAAGGGGCAUAUUGUGACAAACUAUCAUGUGAUAGGUAAUUCCCUCUCGAGAAAUCCAAGUCCAGGGCAAGUCGUUGCACGAGUUAAUAUCCUAGCAUCUGAUGGGGUACAAAAGAAUUUUGAGGGAAAGUUGAUCGGUGCCGAUCGCACCAAAGACCUUGCUGUUUUAAAGGUAGAAGCCUCGGAAGAUUUGUUGAGACCAAUUAAGGUCGGGCAAUCAUCUUCGCUGAGAGUAGGGCAGCAAUGUCUGGCGAUUGGAAAUCCAUUUGGUUUCGAUCAUACCCUUACCGUUGGUGUUAUCAGUGGAUUGAAUAGAGACAUUUUUAGUCAAACCGGAGUAACAAUUGGAGGCGGAAUUCAAACAGACGCAGCCAUCAAUCCCGGAAACAGUGGAGGUCCUUUGUUGGAUUCAAAAGGGAACUUGAUUGGAAUUAAUACAGCUAUAUUCACACAGACAGGCACAUCGGCAGGUGUAGGUUUUGCCAUUCCGUCCUCCACUGUGCUCAAGAUUGUACCUCAGCUGAUCAAAUUCGGCAAAGCUGUUCGAGCAGGUUUGAAUAUCGAAAUCGCUCCCGACCUGAUUGCUAAUCAACUUAAUGUUCGAAAAGGGGCCCUUAUCCUCCAGGUUCCCGGCAACAGUUUUGCAGCCAAGGCCGGACUACUCCCUACCAACAGGGGCUUCGCAGGUAAUCUUAUACUCGGGGAUAUCAUUCUUGCAGUUGACAACAAACCGGUUAAAAACAAAGGAGAGUUAAGCAAAAUAUUGGAUGAAUACAAUGUGGGGGAUAAGGUAAUCUUAAAGAUUCAAAGGGGCAGUGAGAGCAUGGAAGUUGCAGUGAUUUUGGAAGAAGUAAGUUCAUGAGCAGGUCUCCAAGUUAAAAUUAUUACUUUGUUCCAUUUUGGUGCUUAAACUUUUUUUUUUCAAA